AUGGAGCGUGUGAGGAUAGAGAUUAACGGCGAGGUGACAGAGGAAGAAGACGUGGAGGUCUUCGUGAGAGAUGACAAAGAGGAGAGGAUGCGAGAGCAGUUGGAGCGGGAGAUCGAGCUGGAGCUCAAGGCGGAGGAGAUCGUGGAGACCAACGACUUCACCUGGCGAGCAGUCAUCAUCGGAGUGCUGGUGGGCGGCCUCACGUGCUUCUCCAACAUGUACUUUGGCCUGCAGUCGGGCUGGAUCAGCCUGGGGAGUCUGCAGUCGGCCCUCAUCGGCUUCGCCGUGCUCAAGGUCGUGGCUGCGUCCUCCCUCCUUCAGCGGCCCAACCUCGUCUCGCGCGCACUGGGCAUGGGACCCUUCGGACCCAAGGAAAACGUGCUCCUGACAUCAACGGCGGUGGCGACGGCCACGAUGCCGCUUGCUGGCGGAUUUGUGGGAAUCCUGCCCGCGAUUGGGCUGUUGACCGACGAAGAACGAGGGUCGGUCGACAAGGACCAGGCCUGGUGGGCGUUGGUGUUGUGGUCGCUGGCGCUGGCCUUCUUCGGUGUCUUCUUCGCGGUCCCGCUGCGACGACAGACCAUACUCCGCGAGAAGCUCAAGUUCCCCUCCGGCACGGCCACCGCGCACAUGAUCAAAGUCCUACACGGCCAAGCAUCCGAUACUCUCGAUUCACACAAGGAGUUUGAGCUGUUGGAGACGGAUGAGACGGUUCGCGGGGAGACGAUGACCGCCUCCUCGCGCGCGCCGGCGGUGAAGCUGCGCCGGUCGGCCGGGGCGAGGGAAGACGGCGCCUCAGAAGACAAUCUGAGUCCGCAGCAGGAGCUCGAGGCCGAGAUCCUGGACAAGCACGAGGGCAGCGUCAUGGAGAAGGCGGAGUGGGACCGCAAGUGGCUCGUCCUCUACCUCACGUUUGCCUUCUCCGGCGGCUACGUCCUCAUCGGUUACUUUAUUCCGGUGCUGCUGGAUAUGCCGGUGCUCUCGUGGGUCGGGUUUGCGGUGGCCACCGAGUGGGUCGUGGGCUGGGCCAUCCUCGGCCCGAUCGCCCAAAGCGCCGGCUGGACCUCGGGUCCCGUCAACGACUGGCAAACCGGAGCACGAGGAUGGCUGCUGUGGAUCUCGCUGUGCAUUCUGCUGGCGGAGUCGCUGAUGUCGCUUCUGGUGCUGGUCGGUAGCGUGGCGGUCAGGCGCUUCUUCAACCCUGCCCAGCGGUCGGAGAAGGAGGCCGAGGACAUCGACCCCGCCCUGCCCCACCAGCACGUUCCCCAAUCCUGGUGGAUCUCAGGUCUGGUGGUGUCGUCGGCCAUCUGCGUCGCGGUGCUCACGCCCCUGUACCACCUGCCCAUCUGGCAGCCCCUCAUCGCCAUCGUGUUGGCCCUCUUCGUCUCCGUUCUCGCUGUUCGCGCCCUGGGCGAAACCGACAUCAACCCGGUCAGCGGCGUAGGCAAGAUAUCUCAGAUCGUGUUCGCGCUGGUGGCGCCCAAAAACAUCGUCUCCAACCUGAUCGCAGGCGCCGUUGCAGAGGCUGGCGCGCUGCAGGCCGAUCUGAAGACGGGUCACCUGCUGAAGGCAUCGCCCAGAGCGCAGUUCUUCGGGCAGCUGAUCGGCUCAUUCGCGUCCAUCUUCUUCUCCGUCGCCGCCUACCUUCUCUACACCCACACCUACCAAGUACCCGGACCCAAGUUCCCAGUGCCGACGGCUGGGGUGUGGGUGAAUAUGGCGCGGAUGGUCAACGGCGAGGUCGAGGCCCACAACGUGUUCCCGUUCUGCCUCGUGGCGGGCGUGCUUGCGGGUCUUCUGCCCGUACUCAGCCAGGCCUUUCCCAAGUGGGCCAACUACCUCCCCUCCGGCAUCGGAUUCGCCAUCGGCUUUUACCUUACGCCCAACUGGACGUUGCCUCGGGUGGCUGGCGGCCUGGUCAACUGGCUGUGGCUCCGCCGGUGGCCAGUCGCGCGUCACAACUACAUGAUCAUCGUGGCGUCGGGCUUCGUACUGGGCGAGGGCACCAUGUCCGUAGUGACCGCCCUCUUCAUGGCGGCCGGCAUUCCUCCUCUCUUCUGA